CCCUGGGGAACAAGGCGAGUCCGCUGACCGUUCAAGCCGGAGUUACGGCCGCCCGCCGGGGCCCUCGAGCGGCCCGGUCUGUUUUUCUGCCUGGCGGGAAAGAAGCGCCCGAGUUAUCCGAGGGAUUUUCGACGUUUCCCCAGAGAAAGGGGCAACCCUCAGGCCGGCUUCUCCCGAGGGGCUGCCGAGCAUGGGCGGGCAAUGCUGCUGCUUAUCCGAAGAGCAGAAGACGAGCCGGCUCUUGAGGCUGGAGAUCGAGCGGCGGCUGCGUCGAGACAAGCUGCAUUCCGCCGACGAGCUGAAGCUGCUGCUUUUGGGUACAGGAGAGAGUGGGAAAAGUACAUUUAUCAAGCAGAUGAAGAUAAUUCAUGGAUCAGGCUUUACAGAAGAAGAGCGGAAAAGAUACACAAAACUGGUUUAUCAAAACAUAUAUUCCGCUAUGCAAGCUAUGGUGAGCGCUAUGGAUGCUUUACAAAUACCAUACUCAUCUGAACAAAGCAAGGAUGACAGCCGGAUGAUUGAAGAUGUACAAGCAGACAAAAUAGAAAGCCUGGAAAGAAAAUAUGUGGAAGCAAUUAAGAGGCUAUGGGAGGAUCCAGGCAUCCAAGAGUGCUACCACCGACGGAGAGAAUACCAAUUGUCAGACUCAGCUAAAUAUUUCCUUUCAGAUUUAGAACGUAUUGCUAUGCCAUCGUUUGUGCCAAAUGAGCAAGAUGUCCUUAGAGUGAGAAUACCAACCACUGGAAUAAUUGAAUAUCCUUUUGUACUACAAAAAGUUUCUUUUCGAAUGGUAGAUGUUGGUGGACAAAGAUCAGAAAGGAGGAAAUGGAUUCACUGUUUUGACAAUGUGACCUCAAUUAUAUUUUUAGUUGCAUUGAGUGAAUAUGACCAAGUCCUGGCAGAAUCCCAUAAUGAGAAUCGUUUGGAAGAAAGCAAGGCCUUAUUUAAAACAGUAAUUACCUACCCUUGGUUUCAGGAUUCUUCAAUCAUCUUGUUCUUAAACAAAAAAGAUAUUUUAGAAGAGAAAAUUAUGUAUUCUCAUUUAAUUAACUAUUUUCCCCAGUUCCGAGGACCCAAACAAGAUGUCAAAGCUGCUGGAGACUUCAUUCUGGAGUUAUAUAAGGAUCAGAAUUCAGACAAAGACAUCUAUGCCCACUUUACAUGUGCCACAGACACCGAGAACAUUCGAUUUGUCUUUGCAGCUGUUAAAGACACCAUCCUUACUCGGAAUCUAAAGGAAUUCAACUUGACAUGAAUAAAAGGGAACCAGCUACAUACAUUGACUAUAACGCAAUUUUAUUUAUUACUUAUAUUCUGUGUUAAUAGAUUUUUAAAGAAAGAUUAUUUGUGUCCUUGCUGAAUAUGGAAGGGUACUUCGAAUAAAUUUAGAACUUUUUAAGGCAUAGAUUUUGAAUAGCCUGCUUUUAAAUUUUUGGAGAUUUGUGAGCAUUUUGGUCAUAAUCACAGAGAUCCUUUCAUAAUUUAUAAUAGAUGUGCAUUUAAACCUAGCGAGGCCACAAGAAUGAGUUUAAGACAUUAUUUAGCAGAAAGAGGUGUGCUUAGAUUUGAGUAAUUACUUAUUAAAUCUGCUUUUAAUGGUACUUUUCUCCUUGUAGUGAAAAAUCAGCCUUAACAGGUGGCAGCAGUUGGUUGCUCCUUUUUAGGCUCAAAAAAACCAAAAUCAAAGCCUAAUUAUUACUUGGGUGUGAAUUAUCUAAUCCUCCCAGGUUAGAUU